GGGAUUUUCUUCAAGAAUACCUGGCUAGUUGUGUCUGUCGAGUUGGCUCGUGUAGGUCAGCCGACAAGGAAUUUUUUCAGCUAAACAUUUGGCGCGCUUCUUUAUACUUUUCUUGCCAGUAAUGGUUGAGGAAAAUACGCUUCAACAAAUAUGGCGCCUAACCAAUGAACUAGCACAGCAGCAAUCAGCAAACAAAGAAGCAAUCAAUGGCAUCACUCAGCAAAUGUCCGACGUGAAGCAACGAUCUUCGGCUUUACUUACGUCAGGCGUCUUUAAUCACAAUGGGGAACUAUAUAAUUAUAAUGAUUCGCAACAGCGCAAUGCAGAGCCAGCAAGCGCAAGUCAAAACUCUCCUGAAACAUUAGAGGAAUCAGACGAAACAAGCGCUAAACAAGAUGAGCUGAAGCGUCAGUUGCGAACUAUGACCAACAAGAAUCAGCAAUUAGAAGCAGAGUGUGCGCAAUUAAAGCGCUUGCUCAAAGAUUAUGAGUCGGGCAUGGAGUCAGCUACAAGUAGUAUGCGGUUACAAGUUAAUUCACACAAUGAUGCGGUGUUGCGAUUACAGCGAGAAUAUGACAGCCUUUUAUCGGCUGAACGGCAAACAACGUCGGCUUUGGUUUGGGAGAACAAGAUGUUGCAGCUAAAUAUAUCCAAGAUCGCCCGGAUGCUGCGAGAAUUAUAUUCUUUGGGCACAGAAUCAGAGCAAGAUACGGUCAUCCAGCAGUUAGUUGUGGAGAAUCAAGGACUUAGAGAUAUGCUCAACAAGGACAUGAAUGUGUUUAAUUUAGGAAUUGAGAAUGAUACUGUGCGAGAAAAAUCAUCCGACACUUUGGUUGGCCCGAAGUGAAUGUUUGGCUAUACAUUUAUACCAGCUAGACAUACUCUUUACUUGUAAUACUACAGUACAAAUUAUUUGGCAUCUCGCAUUGUAAAUUUCGACAAGACAGUAUGAGUUAAUCUAUACCACAAUCUAUUAUUAUUUGUCUGCCGUCUCUACUGCUGCUCGUACCGGUGUAUAGGGCGGAAGCGUUACGAAAUGUCAUGGUUAUAGCUCAUUCUCAAAGCUCAGUGCUUAUAUCCACUCCAUAUGACUUC